GCUGGGCAGCAGCAGUAACAUAAGCGGCGGCGGCGGCGCCUUCAUUUGCAGCGUUCACGUGGGCGCGUGGUGAUGUAAUCCCUCCUCCGCCCGCCCCGUCGUGGCGCUUGGAACGCAGCGGAGCCGCUCUCCGUUGUUUGGCGAGCGGGCAGCUCGAGGGGCGCAAAAAGGCAACUUUUGUUUCUUGGGCCGGUUCCGCUCUCCGAGCCGGUGCGCGCGCCAGCCAGCCAGCCAGCCGUGCAGAGGGGAGCCUCCAUGGGGUGUUGAAAACGCACAAGGUUUAGAACUUUGAAUGGAAUAAGCAUGAAGAGCUUGAAAGCAAAGUUUAGGAAGAGCGAUACCAAUGAGUGGAAUAAGAAUGAUGACCGACUGCUGCAAGCUGUGGAGCAUGGCGACGCAGAGAAAGUGGCAUCGCUGCUGGGUAAAAAGGGAGCCAACGCCACCAAACAUGACAGUGAGGGCAAGACUGCCUUCCACCUGGCUGCCUCCAAAGGGCAGGCAGAAUGUCUCAGGAUUAUGAUGACUCAUGGUGUGGAUGUAGCAGCACAGGAUGGGACAGGGCACAGUGCAUUGCACCUUGCAGCCAAGAACAGCCACCCUGAUUGUGUCAAGAGGCUCCUUCAGUCUAAAUGUCCACCAGAGAGCACUGAUAGCUCUGGGAAGACAGCUUUACACUAUGCAGCUGCUUGUGGCUGCCUUCAAGUAGCUCAGCUCCUGUGUGAACACAAGUGUCCAAUUAAUGUCAAAGAUGUGGAUGGGAAUAUACCUUUGUUACUGGCCGUACAAAAUGGCCACACUGAAGUAACCAAAUACCUUCUGGAGCAUGGAGCAGACAUCAAUUCCAGAGACAAAAAUGGAAGAACGGCUCUGAUGCUGGUGUGCGAAGCAGGAAUCCUCAGCAUUGCAGAAGUCCUCGUCCGAAAAGGUGCAGACAUAAACCUGGUGGAUGCACUUGGACACAAUGCCCUGCAUUAUGCUGUAGUCUCUGAAAAUACAGGGAUUCAGAAUCUCCUUCAGUUGAAAAUUGUUCAAGAAGCUGAUGUCAAGUCACCAACAAAGCCAAAGCAGCAUGACCAAGUCUGUAGAUUAAGUUCCGAAAGAAGUGGAACUCCAAAAAAACGCAAAGCCCCACCACCACCUCCUGUCAGUCCUAUCCAGCUUAGUGACCUGUCCUCUCCACAUUCAACAACUUCAACCCCAGUGUCUGGGAAAGGCCAGUCUUCAUUUGCUGAGCACGGAUCCAAGCAGGAUGAAAUCAGUGCCAUUCACUCUGAUGGCAAGGAUGGGAUGAGCGAUAGUACUGCAGGUGCUGAUAGUUUAUUGGAUGUAAGUUCAGAAACAGACCAGCAAGACUUGCUUUUACUGUUACAAGCAAAAAUUGCAUCUUUGACCUUGCAUAAUAAGAAACUGCAAGAAAAAUUACAGGCACGUGCACUCAAGACAGAAGACCUGGAUGCCACACUGGAUUCUUCUCGUUCCACCUGUGCGGAGUUUGAUCACUCAACGGACAGGCUAAGUGAGAGCUCGGCAGCAGCAGCUCAGGAGAUCAGCUGCUCUCCACUGAGCUUAGCACAAGCUCAGGAAGAGGCCAGCAGUAACGAAGUGAAAAUCAGACAGCUGCAAGACAACUUAAAGGAGGUACAAAAGAGGCUGGACAGCUCAGAAGCAAAGAGGCGGCAUUUGGAGACGCAGCUUCAGUCCGGAACACUGGAUACCCUCUGCUUGCUGAACAGCUCUGACAUUUCCGAAAAUGGCUCCGACCUCAACCAGAAACUGAGAGAAACCCAAAGCAAGUAUGAAGAAGCGAUGAAGGAAGUCCUGAACGUCCAGAGGCAGAUGAAGCUAGGCCUGGUGGCUUCCGAAAGCAAAGAGGUGGACCUGCAGGAGCUCAGGGCCACGUGCGAGGAAGUCGAGGCACUGAAGGAAGAACUACAGAAGGUGCAAGAAGAAGGCGAGAGGCUCCGAGCAAAAGUGAGAGAGCUGGAGGAGAAGCUGGCGGAGAGAGAGAGGGAUGCGGCCGGCACGAUGUCAGCAGAAGAAUGUGAAGAGAUGAGGAGCUCCUAUUGCUUGGUUAUUGAGAACAUCAACCAGGAGAAGGCGCUUCUGAUUGAGAGGUACAAGGAGGGACAGGAGGAGAUCAGGAAGCUCCAAGAGAAGCUGAGAGGCCAGAUGGAGUCUGGGCAUGGUGAGGAAGCUGAGGAGGUGAGAGAUGCAAAGAACCAAAUGAUCACAGAGUUGAACAGGCAGGUCAGCAAGCUCUCUCAGCUGUACAAAGAAGCCCAGGCGGAACUUGAAGACUGCAAGAAAAGAGGUGUUGCAGAGGAUGCCAAUUCAGGAUGCAUACCUCUGGAGGAACACGAGAAGCUGAUGGAGGUCACCGUCUUGCAGAGAGAGCAAACUGAGGGUGCCCUGUUGGAAAUGAAGGCCCAGUAUGCAAAAGUGUUGAGCGAAGCAACCCAGCUCCAGAACCUGGUUGAUUCACAGAAAAAGAACUCUGUCUCCAUAACGGAGCAUCUCCAGGUGGUCACUUCUCUCAGGGCUUCGCUGAAGGAAAUGGAAGAAGAAAUUGGCGAGCUCAAAAUGCAGGUUCUGCACAAGGAAAGCGAGGUGCAGCGACUGCAGAGGGAGCUCUUGGAAGAAGAAGCUGCUGUCUGCGAAGCUAUGGUGCCCAGGGCAUUGUAUGAAGAGCUCCGAUCUACUUCAGAGGGAGAAGUCAACUCCAUGCUGUCCAAAGUGAAGGACUUGACAAAAGAGAGGGAAAAUCUGUCUGCAGAUCUUGCUCAUUUGAGGAAGGAAAUCUCACAAGUGAAAGGGGAGAAAGAGAGCCUCCGGACUCUCCUUGAAGCCAAGGAACAGGAAGUCAAAAGGCUGCUUCAUCAGUACCAUCAAGCUCAAGAAGAGCUGCUUGAAAUGAAAAAGGCCUCUGAGAGCUCCUCGAAACUAGAAGAGGAUAAAGACAGGAAGAUAAUGGACAUGACAAAGGAAGUUAGUAAAUUGAAGGAAGCACUGAACAGCCUGUCCCAACUUUCCUACUCAACUGGCACACCCAAGAGACAAAGCCAACAGCUGGAGCUAUUGCAACAACAAAUCAAGCAACUACAGAACCAGCUGACUGAAACAAAGAAGCAACACCAGGAGAUAGUAUCUGUUUACAGGACACAUCUGCUGUAUGCUGUGCAGGGCCAAAUGGAUGAGGACGUCCAGAAAGUGCUCAAACAGAUCUUAACAAUGUGCAAGAGUCAAUCGCAAAAGAAAAGUGAAACGAUUUUUGCUGAUCCCUAAUGGUGCUGCUGUAGAGAUUGAGACUUGCCUUAAAAUGAGAUUUGUUAGGCAUUCCCCCCCCCCACCUCCAGGAGGGAGCUGUCACAUGUCUCUGCCACUCUUCUUUCUUUAUUUUUAUGUAUUAUGAGCUAAUGUGUUGUCAUGUCUUCCCCUUGCCCCCAACCUAAAGUUCCCAGAGUGCUAUUUUUGUGUAUUGGAACAGAAACAUACAACUCUCUGUAAAUUGCCAUUACUUUAAAUCAGGGGUGGUCAAAGUCUGACCUACAGUAUUAGAAAGUGGCUCAGAGCUUCCUUUGGUGCAAGCCGUUGGAAGUCUCGGCUUGCAGUGUUGCAUUUUGGAUAAGUGCAUCUUCCGGAGGUGGGGGAAGCAAUGGAUUUUUCAGUUCUUAGUUAUCUAAAGAGGGGGAAACAAACCAGUUCAUAGGUUUUAAGACCCUCCAACGUCCAGGAUAACAGUAGAUGCAAUUCUGAUUUUGAAAUUCCUUUGGCCUUGUUAAUUGAAAGGUGUGGCAGGGGGCACCUCCUUGAUAAGACAGGGCCCACAGCAUGUAGGCCCCUACAUACUACAAGACCAGUGAUGUGUACUAACUCGAUAACGUAAAACAUAAACAUGCAGGUUAAUGAAUUUCAAACACGGCUAAUUCUGCUAAAACCCUAGUUUCUUUAUCAAACAGUAGGUCAAGCUAUCUAUGCAAAUCCUUGCAGUGCUAUUGGCUAUGGAGCUCAGGAGGAAGAAAACCCAGCGUUCCAAACGACAAACAAGGGAUCCGAAUGAACUCAUGAUGUUUACAGUGAGCACUGUUGUCUCACGGUUCCUAACCUCACUUUUGUAAAAGAUCUCCUCUAUGAUAUAUUUUUACUGGCCCUCAAAUUUAGAAAUGUCUUUUUGUAAUUAAAGCCAUUUGCCUGUUUAACACUUUUUCUGCAGUAGCCUUUAAUACCAAACGAUUUAGGCCUUUUUCUCUGUCUCUCUCCCCCCUUCGCCCAGCUGUUGUAAAAUGCAGCAGAGGUAUCCCAAUCCCCUGGGAAAAGGCUCUGUUGAAGCAGAACUGCCCAAAUACUGCACAAGAGAGGGAUUACUAGCUUUCUUGCCAAAUGUUGUAACACCAAGAAGCACAGAGAAAUCUUGCGUUUUUCAUUUUCAA